CCAACUGGCAAUCAUUUUAUUUAUAUCUAAAAUACAACCACUCACUACCAGAUCUUUGUGUGUGUGAAAAGGAACAGCAACACUUGUGAAAGUGAUUUUCAUCUCUGUAAUUGCAAACGGUGCAGUACCUCUAAUCUGGAGGUACGUGUUAUACAUAUGAUUAUCUGAACGAUGAAGUUGCCCAUAUUUAUUGUGUUUACUGCUAUGCUGAUGAUGGCAGAGACAAAUUCUAGUAACAAGCAGUGUAACCUGAGAGUUCAGAAGAGUGUCUUGCUUGAAAGCAUUUCUGACUGCUCUGAUGGUCCAUCAAACAAUCAGGUUGCAAACAACACUCAACACCAUAGCCAGCAGAAAUAUAUGGCAAAAAGCUGCAAAGAGAUCAAGGAAAAAUAUCAGUUCAAGCAAGAUGGCCUGUACUACCUUACUACAGACGAUGGCGAGGUCUACCAGACAUACUGUGACAUGACUACCAAUGGUGGGGGCUGGACUCUCGUGGCCAGUGUUCAUGAAAACAACAUCUAUGGCAAAUGCACAAAUGGCGAUCGCUGGACAAGCACUCAAGGAAACAAUCAAAAUUAUCCAGCAGGAGAUGGAAACUGGGUCAAUCUGGCCACCUUUGGUACUGCAACUGCUGCAACCAGCGAUGAUUAUAAGAACCCUGGAUACUUUGACAUUGAAGCUGAGGACAUUUCUGUCUGGCAUGUCCCUAAUAACACACCUCUAAAGAAAUGGAAACUGGAUGCUAUUCUACAAUACCACACUGAAACCAAGUUCUUCCCCAAAUAUGGAGGCAACCUGCAAGGGCUCUUCAAGAAAUUACCUCUUGCGUGGGAUACUGGAAGCUGUCCUGAUAAUAACGGUCCGGCCAUACCGAUUGUCUAUGAUUUUGGAAAUACUGAAAAAACAUCAUUCCUGUAUGCACCUAGCAGCAGAAGUGAAAUCACCCCAGGUUUUAUACACGUUCGGGUUUUUAGCUACGAGAAGGCUGCCUAUGCAAUUUGUUCAGGGAUCAAAGUAAAUCUGUGUAACACAGAGCAUUAUUGUAUUGGAGGUGGUGGCUUCUUCCCACAGGGAGAUCCAGCAACAUGUGGAGAUUUCAGUGGAUUUGCUUGGGAUGGUUAUGGAACAGGAACAGAGUGGAGUGUGACCAAAGAAAUGCUGGAAUCAGCUGUGCUGUUAUUUUACCACUAAAAAAUGAAGACAGUCAGUGGACAAUUGUAUUCAGAUUUCUUAGCAUGCAUUAUAGAAUUUCUAUCACUUAAUCAUAUUAUUUUUCAUUAAUGUCUAGCAGUACUGCAAUAUUUUAAUUUGAUUAGAGUGUAAUAGCCAGUUUAGUGUUCAUUGUUUACAACGUUGUAAUAGAAAACUAACUUUUUGCUAGAUAUAAACACAAGGCGAUGCAGACAUUUUUUUUUGGCUUUAGUCAGUUUAAUUAUAAAAUGUUAUUGAAUGCGAAGAAGAUGAAAUGCAUCAGUGAAGCUGUUGGAACCUGUUGUUAUGCAAAAGAAAAAACAAUUCCCUUAUUUAAAAUUAUAAGCUUUUUUCUAGGGCAUCUUUACAGGGUCAGAAAAUUUGUUGUGUCUCUGCAAAUUAAUAUUAAAAUUAUGUGCAUAACAGCAGUAAGUACAAUAGCUACCUUUGUCUUGGUGGGAGGGGCUCACAGUGUAAAUAAAUAAGAAAUGGAAAUUAACAAUUACAGCUAUCUAUUUCCAAAUGAUACACAUCUGGUUAAAAUACAUUUGACAUCUGUGAAAAGUUGUGAUUAUUAAAAAGAAGUAAUAUAAACUUGUAAUUAUUAAAACAUUCUGUAACACUAUUGCAUUGCCAUUGAACUAAUAAAACUAUAUUUAGUGUUCUACCUUA